AGAUCCGCAGAUGUAACUCACGAUGACGCGACAAAAACAUCAACAAAAAUCGAAAACAAUGACUAAGAUUUUUAUUUUUAAAAUUAUCCUUGGUAAUAAAGCACUGCCCGCAUCGUUGGGGUCUUUAUACAAUCGACCAAGAAAGUGUACACUGUAUGAAAAUUAUGGCUGAAGCUAUUACAGACGCUGAUCUAAUUUCGUUGGGAAAGCAUUGUUCCGUUGAUCACUGCAAGCAACUGGAUUUUCUCCCAUUUAAAUGCACCUUUUGUCGAAACACUUUCUGUCUUGAACACAGAACUGCAGAAUCACAUCAAUGUCCACACAGUUAUGUCACCAAUGUGCAAGUACCAGUAUGCCCACUGUGUGGAAAGAUUGUAAAAAAAGCAAGAAACCAGGAUGUUAAUACACAGAUGAGCUAUCACAUCCAAAGUGGAUGCAAGGAACUUGUCGUCAGUCAGAAACCAAAAAAAGAAAAGAAAUGUUCAUUUAAAAGUUGUAAAAGACACGAGGUGUUACCUUUCCAUUGUGAUCAAUGCCAAAGACAGUUCUGUGUGAGACACAGACAUGCACAGGAUCAUUUGUGCCAUACAAAAGCUUUGUAUCCCGUUGUGACAUGUGCCUAGAGCUUUGUGAAGUUGAAUUUGAUGUUGUAUGAAGCUCUGAUGGAAUGACAUCAGGAGAAAUGCACAUUCAUCUUUUUUAACUCAAUGUAUUAUAUACAUAUUUAUAGAAAAUUACACAAAUUAUCAAUUCAAUUCAAUAACAGUUGUUAUGUUACUAUUUAAGUAAAUCCAGUUAUAUAUUAGAAUAUUAUAAAU